GUGACUACCGUAUCCGAAUUCUGUUUCGGUGUGGAACUGUAUCCGACAGUUCUCGACAUCGAUCUCAAACAUUUCGUACGAUCGCGUAUCACUCUGGUUCUUUGGCCACUGUUCAUUAUUUCGGCACUCUUUUACCAAAGGAAUAUUCAUGGAAAAAUAUCAAAAAAUCUCAUUGCAAGCAGUCUAGUUCAAAUGGCCUACAUCAUAAGGAAUCAAUGGACUGAAAAUUUGGCGCUAAACUCACUGGACUAUAAACGCGCCAAUUGUGGAUUUUACAAGUUGUGGAGUGAUAUGGUUAUGUUUCCUGUAUUGUACUGUUCUUCGGUCUCCAUAAUAGCCCAUACUCAAAAAUCGAUCUCAUUACUAUCAUGCUGUGUGCUUACGGUUGCUGCUUUCGUUUCUAUAUACAUGACAACAGUUAUUGAUAAGCAAAAGUACGAUUUCCGGCGAUCAAAAGGAUUCAUCAAAAUACGUGGAGUGGAUCCGUACUUUAUCACAGCCAAGUAUAAAACUGAUACUGGUGACACGUCAGCUAAUCUUUUACUCGGCACGGCUCUAUGGCUCAAUGUUGCGACAUCCGAACUAUGUUUCUGA